CAACAGGUUGGACGGACCGACGCCUCAAUGGCGAAACAGAUGAAGCACUCAGUGAAAGUGAUUCCUUCCAAUGUCAUCUUUCCUUCGCUUGGUGCGAGACUUUAUUAAAGUGUCUUUAGUUAAAAGCAGAGCGACAGAAACUUGUGGGACGCGACAAGACGCGACAUGACGCUGACAUUCCUUCGGGGUGAACCAAUAAUGGGUGACUAAAAGCGCCAAGAAUCUUCAUCAAGGCUCAAAAAGUAUUGAAAUUCAUUUGGGCUGCUGGCCUAAGAGGCGAUGCGCGGGCCACUGUGGAGCAUUGGACUGCUGUUCGGCUUCAUCUUCAUCUUCACCUUCUGCAACACUUUGGACGAGAAGUGCGUGCUGGGCAUCGUGGGCCGGCCGCUGCGGCUUUCCUGCUUUUACCCGGGCGCCCUCGCCCUGACCGACGUCUCCGCGGAGUGGAGGAGGAACGAGGACGAGGUGGUGCGAGGCGACGGGGGGGGGGACGACGACGCUCUCCGCACGGGCAACUUCACCCUGCGGCUGCCCGCCGUGGACGCCCGGGAGGACAAUGCCACCUACAGCGUCAUCGUCACCUCCCAGGGAAACAACAGCGUGGAGGCCUGCACGGUGUGCCUCAGGGUCACUGCUCCGUUCAGCCCCCCCGAGUUGAAGUGGGAGGCGGCAGCGGAGGAUGGCCCCAGCGUCUUCCAGUGCGACUCGGGCGGCGGCUUCCCCGAGCCGGCCGUCUCCUGGCUGAUUGACGAAGGGGUCCGGGAAAUCCCAGAGGGCUCGGUACAGACCCUGGUGGAGCUGCGGCCGGACUCGCUCCUCUACUAUGUCACCAGCUACCUGACCAUCAACGUGACGGGCGCCAACGUGUCCUGUGUCGUCCACAACACGGCCACCAACCAGACCCUCACCUCCACCACGUACGCGGUGUGGCACGGUCCCGCGGUGACCCGGGUGACCGACGCCUUGUGGGUGUUCAGCACGGCACUGUGCGCGGUGGUGGGUGCCUUGGUGGCCGUGGGCUUGGCCUACCAGAUCCACCUGGACCGCGUGAGCAAGAAGAAGAAGAAACAACACCUGAGGAACAGAACACUUUGCGCAGGUUACAGGAGACGUCACGACAAGGAGGAAACGGAAGUGGUCACGUUGCAGUCGUGGGAGUCCAGCGUCUGAACCGGAUUCAUUUUCCCGCUCACGAUUAUUAUCUCAGCCAAGGAGACUACGCCAUGACCAAAAGUGAACAGGAAGUCGGCCAAUUGAGUGACAAGCUGCCAUUUCCCGUGAUGGUUAGAAAAAGAAUUGCCCCGACACCAGUUUCACAGGACGAUACGAAAUUGCGUCGAUCAUGACAGGAUAUGCGAAGGACCUAUUUGGUGUGAACUUGUCCAAAUAGUCCUCAAUCAGUAGUGGCGGUAUGUUAAAAUGAAAUUAUGAAGCUUCCCCCCCCCUAAACCAUAAAAAUGGUAGAAGACUUUUUUUUUUUUUUUUUUUGAGGAUUCGCCAUAGAAAAGGGGAUGCAAGGGUUUCCUUCAUCGCUGCUCGCAAAUCUAAUCUUUAACAUUUUUACUUCCUUUGUUUAAGAUGUUAUUUUUUUUCCC